UCGUGAGUCAUGACAGGUCCAAAGAUUCCAUGUUCCAACCUCAUCACUCGCCUAAAUUAGGCCAACCGUUGAAGCCCGCGUAUACUCUCUCUCUCUCUUCUCAACUGCAUUCUCCCCUUCCCAUUUUCUGAGAAGGUGGGAGAGAGACCCCAGAGAAAUUCAAUACAUCUCUUUCUCUGGGUCUGAUCCCAUUUGUCUCUCCAGAUUCGCCCACCCUUUUGCUUCAAUUUCUCAAAACCGACACGCAUUUUUUUGUCUUCUAAUUUCUGGUGGCUGAAUCUCAAAAACCCUAGAGAGCACCGAUUUGGGGGCUACGUUUCUGUUUCGGACGGAGAACGAGAAAGCGAGGAUUUACGCCCGACCCAUUUCGAUUGGAAGGGUCCAGAUUCAAAGGGAUCGUUUGAUUUCAUCGAAUAAUCACCCGACACGAAAGGGGGCUAGAUGCGAAGAAACCCCCUCUGAAAACUGGAAGCGUUCUUCUAAAAAUCGAUGGAUUCAGCGUUUUCGUCCUUGGGUUUCGUGAUUUUCGGUAUUUCAAUUAGUUUUUACGCGUUUAUUGUCCAAUCCCUGACGCAAAAUGGGAACAAUGGCGCUGAAUUAGCACCACCAGCGUAUUGGGUGUCAAGUCCACCGUCACCGCCGACUCCUCCGCUGUUGUCACCGUAUCCUCCGCCGCCACCCUCACAAUCUAAGACACUCAGACCGGGAGCGCUGCCGCCUCAUCCUAACAAUAGGCCCAACGUGAGAAGACCUCCUCCUCCUCACCGCCGCCACCACCACCGCAGACCGCCGCCUCCGCCGCCGCCACCACCACCGCACACGAUGAAUGCCGGUAAAAAGGUUGGACUUUUGUUUGUGGGCAUUGCUGCAAUCAUGCAAGUUGGCGUGGUUGGGUUCUUGGUAAUCAAGAGAAGGCAACUUUUGAAGAGCGAUGACAGAUACGAGAGUUGUUCUUGAAAGAGAUUUUUCCGCGGUUUUCUUAUCAAAUUCUUUUUCUAAAAAAAUUUAAUAGGUUGAAAUUCUUUGCUGAACGCGGUUUGGUUUGAGGAAGGCGAAUAUUGGUUGGAUUCUGCAGAAUCUGGGUGGGAGGAACAUGAAAAAAAAGGCAAGCAUGGAAAGACAUGGAGGAUUUGAGGAAUCAUUGGAACAUGAAUUGUGCAAUUUGAUGCCAUCAUUUCGGCCCCCUUGGCGUUACUGUGUAUAUUGGUACUGCUAGUUCACGUUUCCUUCACGUUUCAUGUUGUGUUGCCCCUUUUUCCCUUAGUUCCAUUACAUUGGCUUAUAAUGGAAAGGAAAAGUAGCCCUCAUGUACUCCUUUUUACAUUUUUAUUUUUCAUUUUCUUUUCUAAUUUGAUUUUUCUCUAACAUGUUCAGUGUACAAUGAUGUUAGGAAUCUUUAAAGGAUAACAAUGACACAAUCUUAUAUUCUUUGGCUUUUCACCUCGAAUUGAUGUCAGAUUGUUCAAUUUUCUUGUA